GAGCGACCAACUUUUCUGAUCUUCUCUUCUUCUUGUUGCUUCUGAACUCCUAGAAAUAAAGAUAAACAGACAACAAUAUUCUCAGAUCAUCUGAGGGAUUUGACUGAAUCGAGAUGCUGCUGAUCAUUCAAGCUCUUCUUCUCAUUUCAGCUGCUCUAGGACAGGAUCACAGAGCUGCUGUUGAAGGACAGACAUUUCCAUUAGAUAUGGCACCGAAUUCAGUUGAUGACCAAUAUGAGGGUUGCAGGGGGAAAAUGGCAGACCAGGUGGAGAAAAAAUAUAUGAAGCAAGAAAUGUCUAACCCUGAAACUAAAUUUGCAAAUGCUUGGAAACUUGCUGAAAAAAAUUACAAGCCACCAGGUGAUAAAUUGACAAAAGAUCAUUCAAUUUCUAUUUAUGUGUACACUAACUCAGAUACUGGGCUAUAUAAGGAUUUCAAUGAUGCUGAUCGUAAAGACAAGGAAAGAUACAAAAACGAAACAUACAAAUGGUAUUCACUUCACUUUCUGUUAACAGAUGCGAUACAGAUGCUGAAGAAAACACAAAAGAAAUGCUAUACAACUUACCGUGGUACAAAUAUUGAAUUUGAACAGAAUGUUCUCAGGAAAAAUAUUUGUUUCGGCUCAUUUACAUCCUUGUCAAUUAAUUCUAGAGUAACAGAAGGCUUUGGGUCUAAAUCUUGUUUUGAAAUCUACACUUGUGAAGGUGCUGAUGUGAUAAAAUAUUCUAAGUAUCCUGAACAGAAAGAGGUGCUGAUUCCGCCAUAUGAGACAUUUAAAGUCACUGCUGUGAAGACAAAGAGAAAUCAGAAAGAUCUCUGGUGUCACACUGUGUUCUCUUUGAAAAGCUCUGGUAAGAGAAGUAACCUGAACUGUGAUCUAUUCAAGAAACCAACCAACACGAUGUUGAGCAUUGAAUAA